AUGACGGGGAACAGCUCUCCGGACACUCCAGACAUGUUUGACGAUGAAAAGCACGAACGGCCUGCUGUCUUGACGGAGUCGGAAGAUGGUUCGUCGGACCACGAAACUGAGCGCGAGAGACGUUCAUUAUCAAGGGUUGGGUCGGCGAGAUCGGGGCGUUCGCUCACGACAGUGGUUUCAGAAGUGAGGGACGGGAUCCAGAACCAGCGGGAUUUGGAGCGUGGAAACAGUGAGGACGUUAACAAUGCCCGUGCUGGGGAGAAUGACGAGCCCAAAGACCCGAACCUGGUGGCGUGGGAUGGGCCAAAUGACGCGCAAAAUCCAAAGAUGUGGCCGCAUAGGAGGAAGUGGGCGGCUGUCAUAUGCGUGUCCUUCUUCACGCUCAUAUCGCCCGUUGCCUCGUCAAUGGUAGCCCCCGACCUCGAAGCCAUUGGCAAGGAACUCAACAUUGAGAGCCAGCUGGAGCGGGCGCUGGUCCUGUCCAUCUUCGUUGCGGCAUACGCACUCGGUCCCCUGGGCUGGGGUCCUCUCUCGGAGCUGUACGGGCGAGUCAUCGUCAUACAGAGCUCCAACAUUGUCUUUCUCCUGUUCAACCUGGGCUGCGGCCUUGCCAAGACAGAAGGGCAGAUGAUUGCCUUUCGAUUCCUCGGCGGCAUAGGCGGCUCAGCACCGCUGGCGAUCGGCGGCGGCGUCCUGAGCGACUUGUUCACGGCCGAGGAGAGAGGCCGAGCCAUCAGCAUCUAUUCCCUCAUGCCGCUUCUCGGGCCGGCCGUUGGUCCUGUGGCGGGCGGAUGGAUUGCAGAGCGCACGACGUGGCGCUGGGUGUUUUACAGCACGACGAUUGCCUGCGGCAUCAUCCAGGUCUUCGGCCUGUUCUUCCUCCAGGAGACGUAUGCGCCCGUGCUUCUGCACCGCAAGAAGUUGCGUCUCGUCAAGGAGACUGGCAACACGAAGCUGCACACCGAGUUUGACCGUCCAGACCGGACCUUGCUCCAAACCCUGACGAAUGCCUUCACUCGACCCUUCAAGCUGCUGGCCACCCAGCCCAUUGUCCAAGUCCUCUCGCUGUACCUCAUGUUCCUGUACGGCAUGAUAUACCUGAUCUUCUCGACCUUCCCGACCCUGUUCGCGACCAAGUACGGCGAGACCCCAGGCAUCAUCGGCCUCAACUACAUCUCCAUCGGCGUCGGCUUCUUCCUGGGGACCCAGGUCUGCGCCCCGUUGCAGGACCGCGUCUACGCAGCCCUCAAGCGUCGCUAUGUGCCCGACGGAGGACCAGGGCGGCCAGAGUUCCGCGUCCCCAUGAUGAUUCCGGGCGCGCUGCUCGUCCCCAUCGGCAUCUUCAUCUACGCGUGGACGGCCGAGGUGCCCACGCACUGGAUCGGGCCCAACGUCGGCGCGGCCGUGUUUGGCUUCGGCUCCAUUAUCGGAUUCCAGUGCGUGCAGGGAUACAUUGUCGAUUCGUACACGCGGUACGCCGCCAGUGCCGUGGGCGCCAUCACCGUGCUUCGCAGCCUGGCUGGCUUCGGGUUCCCGCUGUUUGCCCCGACAAUGUAUAGGAAUCUAGGGUAUGGGAUGGGCGGCACCGUGCUAGCCAUCAUCUCCAUUGUUAUUGGGUGGCCGGCGCCGUUUUUGCUCUGGAAGUAUGGUGCUGCGUUGAGAGCGAGGAGCAAGUUUAGUGCUGGGCCGUGA